AUCCCUCCUUUCAAAAGCCGAUUUCGACGCUCGCCGAUCCUCAUCACCGCUCAAACCAGAUCUCUUCUCUGAUCUCUCCAUCUCUCUUCCUGCUCUCGCGAAAAAGGGUUAAAUACAAAUGGCUGAGGCAAAACCAGGAAUGAGGAAACCAGUUUUCACCAAGGUUGAUCAGCUGCGGCCGGGCACUAGUGGACACACUCUCACAGUGAAGGUUGUUAGUUCAAAGAUGGUAUUGCAGAAAGGUCGCCCUGAUGGACCCCAAGUACGCCAAAUGCGAAUUGCUGAAUGCUUGGUUGGAGAUGAAACUGGAAUGAUUGUAUUUACAGCCAGGAAUGAUCAAGUGGACCUGAUGAAGCCUGAUACUACAGUAAUCUUGCGCAAUGCUAAAAUCGACAUGUUCAAGGGAUCAAUGAGGCUUGCUGUGGACAAGUGGGGUCGUGUAGAAGUGACUGAACCAGCCAGCUUCACCGUCAAAGAAGACAACAACCUGUCACUGGUAGAAUAUGAAUUAGUUAAUGUUGUUGAAGAGUGACCUGUGGGACAGCAGGCAGUCUCUCAUUAGGGGGACAAAAUUGAAUCAAGGGGGAGAGAUCUUAUGAAAAUGGAGAAGUGGUAUUUUAUGUUAUUUCCUGGUCAUCUUGUGUGCAUGAUGCCUGAGGAAAAUUCAUGUUUAGGAAGGAGCUAUUACUACAAAAGGAAGUCUGGUUGUACCUUGCAGGCAAUUGAGGCAGCUGGAGGAGCCAUUUAGGCCUCUGGUGCAGCUAGUAAUUAGAGUCUGGAUAACAAAAAAAAAAAAAUGGAACUUGCUUUGGUUAUUUCUUUUAAUGUUAUGACGUGAAUUGCUCCUGUUAUGAGAUAUUAUUAUCAAUGAAUAUUAUGCAAGUUGAGUUGCCCCUAA